UAAAAGAUAAGUUUUUUGGAGAUGUAUAUAUUUAUGUGAUUGAAUUUCAAAAACGUGGUUUACCUCACUGCCAUAUAUUAAUAACUUUAUCUGAGCAAUGUAAACUUGAGAAUACACAAAAAAUUGAUAAGUUUAUAUCUGCUGAGAUACCUGAUCCUGAUUUCAAUCCUGAGUUACAUGAUAUUGUCAUGAAAAAUAUGAUACAUGGACCAUGCGGAGAUUGGUGUAUGGUUGAUAACAAAUGUUCGAAAAAAUUUCCAAAACAAUUUCGGAAUGAAACUCUUAUUGAUGCUAAUAGUUAUCCAAUGUACCGCCGACGAGAUACUGGAAGAACAUAUAAGUGCCCUAAUAAUUAUAAAGUUGAUAACCGUUACGUGGUACCAUAUUGUCCAGUAUUGUCUUUAAUGUUUAAUUGCCAUAUUAAUGUUGAAAUAUGUUCAAGUAUACAAUCUAUUAAAUAUUUGCAUAAAUAUAUAUAUACAAGGGACACGAUGCUGCUUCUGUAGUUAUUACAAAUAAUACCUCUGACAACGUACUUAUUCAACAUGAUGAAAUAAAACAAUUUGUGGACACUCGAUAUGUUGGUCCAGCUGAAGCAGUCUGGAGAAUUUUAUCCAUAUUAUUGCACGAUAAAAAUCAUGUUAUUGUACGAUUACCAGUACAUCUUCCAGAUUUCCACAAUUUUACAAUUCAUACUGGGCAUAACGAUCAUGAAAUACAAAAUGUCCUUGAACAAAUAACCAUGUUAAUGGAUUAGUUUGCCUUUAAUUUACGUGAUCCAGAAGCUCGGAAACAAUUAUAUGACAAUAUCCCUAUGUAUUACGUAUUUAAGACUGAAAAAAUAGACGGAAAGAAAGAAAGUAAAUGGCAAAAAAGAAAAAGGUUCACAAAUUGUAUUGGUCGUAUGUACACAGUGAGUCCAAUGCAAGUUGAGUUAUUUCACUUAAGAAUUUUAUUAAUGAGAGUCAAAGGAACAACAAGCUUUGAAGAUUUAAGAACAGUAAAUGGAAAAAUUAAAGAAACAUUUACAGCUGCUUGCUUGGCAUAUGUCUUUAUUGAAAACAACGAAGAAUGGACAAAUGCAAUGAGAGAAGUCACAGUUUUCAUGAUGCCAAAACAAUUACGAAGUUUAUUUGUAAGAAUUUUAAUGUAAUCCGUUAGAACCAAACCAACAAUGGGAAGAUUUUAAAGAUUGUAUGUCAGAAGAUUUUUCUCGCUGUCAUUCUAAAGAAGAUGCGUAUUUAAAAGCACUUAUUGAUAUUCAAUCUAUACUUCAAUGUGAAGGUAAAUCUUUAGCUGAUUUUCCGUAACUUUAAUAUUUGAUAGAAAAGAUUAGUGACACAGCGGAUGAAAAAAUUAAACGAGAAGCAAAAAAUAAUAGCUAACAAAGUUUUGAAUGCAGUAAUGAACGGAAACUGUGAUAAUUUAACAGAAAAUGAUACUUGCUUUUUUAUUGAUGGACCAGGAGGCUCAGGUAAAACGUUUGUAUAUGAAACCCUCUGGUAUAUUCUUAACGGUAAUAAUAAAAAUGUCUGUAUGAUGGCUUUUACGUGCAUUGCAGCUACGUUACUUCCCAAAGGUAAAACCGUGCACAAAAUAUUUCAAUUAUCUGUACCAUUACUUUCAGACUCAUCUUGGAAUAUUAAAUUAGAAUCGAAAGAAGCUGCUCAUUUAAAAUCUACAGAUGUUUUUAUUUGGGAUGAAGCACCUAUGGCUCCAAGGUGGCGACUUCAGACAGUUACUUCCUGUCAAAGUUCAUGGAACUCGUAGUGAAAUAAUUGAUUUAUCUAUCAACCGCAGUUUAAAUUGGAAUAAAUUUGUCAAAUUUUCUUUAACACAAAACAUGAAAGCCCUUCCUCAAGAAAUCCAAUUUGCAAAAUUUUUACUCGAUGUCGGAGAUGGAAAAUUAAAUGAUUCUGAUGAUGUAUUAAAUAUUGAUUAUUUUCCUUCUAAUUGUAUUAUUCCACCUGAAGUAGACAUAGUAGAUGAUAUUUAUGGCAAUAUUUUUGCAAAGAAGGAGUAUCGAAAAUCUAUUAAUUAUGCAAUUUUAUCUGCAAGAAAUGCUGAUGUCAAUGAAAUAAAUGAAAGAGUUGUGAAUUUGCUCGAUGAGACAACAGAAAAUGUUUAUACAAGUAUAGAUAGCACUGAAAAUUGUGAUAAUGCUGGAUUUGAUAAUGCAUUAUUAUCAAUUGUAACGAGGAACAACGUCCCUCGCCACGCCGGUAAUCGAGGAAGAAUAGAGUGUGACGAAAUAAGGCGGCAUUAGCUCGACGUACAGAGCGCGCGCCUAGAGAUCUCGGGAGCGCCGGAUCGAUUCUCAGUCCCGGCGUCUCCUUUUGUGAUUUUCUCCACUCACGUCAAAGUCUCACCCCGUUACAAUAAAUUCUAAGAUUUUGAUCGAUGCUUACAUUAAAACGAGCCCUGAAAAUAUCAAAAUAGGGAUUUUGAAUUCAUGAUUAGAUCUAUUACUGAUUGUUUCUACAAAUUAGAAAUUAAAUUUACUGCAGAUUUCGAAAUUCCAAGUUUAAAAAACGGAAAUGCUGUACGAGUUAUAGGUGUAAUGGAACAAUAUCCGCCAGGACCACCUGCAUUGAAAGUUGAAUCGAUAAUCCCAUUACCGAACAGAGGAAGAGUUGUUGAUAUACUUGGUGGAUUCCGCAACAGGGAAUGAUGAUUUAUUACUCUAUAACUAAUUUAUAUUCAUGACAAUAAUUAUAAAUUUGUACUUUUAUAAGAAAUGUAAUAAAGAUACAUAUUUUCAAUUAAA